AUGGACGCGGAACUACCUGCGCGGGACGCUGAGGCGGAAGGGGGGGAGACGGGGGAGACAGGGGAGGCGGAGGCGUUACUAGCAAGGCGCAGGGGGGGGGAAGAAGCAGCAGGCGCGGCGGAGCUCCGCGGGCCGCCUCCAGGCGGUGCUGCUAGUCCCGCGGACGAAACAACUGCCGCCCUGUGCUCUGCUGUGGUUGGGAGUGAGGGAAGUGUGGAGCAGGGAAAGCUAGGGGAGAGGGUGGUGAAGGAGGGGAGCGGGGUGGGUGAAUGGGAUGAUGGCGGUGGCAGGACGAGGGACGGUGGAGGGAACGCAGUGGAGGAAGGGGGGCGGGAGGAGAAAGAGGAGGAGGACGAGAGCACGCAGCAAUGCCGGAUAUGCCUGGAGGCUGAUGGUAUGAUAGCCGCACAUGCGCACACGUGGAGGGGGGUGAAAAUGGGGAGGGAAGUGAGGAAGCACCCUGCCAGUGCCGUGGGACUCAGCGCUUCGUGCACCGCGCCUGCCUUGACGCUUGGAGGGCUGCCAAGGUGCACUGCGGUGGGGCGCGGUAGUAGUGGGGUGUGCGGUCUGGUGGGAUACCGUCCACUGUCCAUUGUGACUCAUGCGGUCCCGGUUCCCCUUGCUGCCUGCCCUCCUGCUGUCAUUCCCCCCUCCUUCCCUCCUUACCCCACGUGCUCUCCCUCCUACCCCUACCCCGCCAUUCCGCCCCAUCUCUCCAUCAGCGAUUUCUUUCUCCUCUCCUUCCACUUCCUUCGUUUUCCCCUGCCAUGCACCUCCUUCCAUCUCCUCGCCCCCCCGCUCCCUAUCCACCUCGGCUCCAUCACCCAUCACAGCAGGCUUCUGCAUUCUCACGCCCGUGCCUCUUCCCUCCCCUGUCUCCCACUCCCUCUGCCCCUCUCCUGCCCCUGCCCCUGCCCCUGCCCCUGCCCCUGCCCCUGCCCCUGCCCCUGCCCCUGCCCCUGCCCCUGCCCCUGCCCCUGCCCCUGCCCCUGCCCCUGCCCCUGCCCCUGCCCCUGCCCCUGCCCCUCCGCCUGCCCCUGCCCCUCCGCCUGCAUCUUCCCAUGCCCAUUCCCCCCCUCCCUCUCCCCUGCCGCCCUCUAUCCACACCUCCUCCCCACCACAUCACAGCAGGGUUCAGCAUUCUCACGCUGCUCCGAGUGCCGUGCGCCUUUCUCCCUGCGCCCACACCUGCCCCGCGACCGCUCCUGGCACCGACUGCGGUUUAGAGCGGUGCUGCUGAGGGACCAUGCAGCACUCGUCACCCUCGUGCUCCUGCUGGUGGGGGCACUGGGAGUGUUCACAUACCGGGUGUUUGGGCGCCAGCUCAGGGACGCACUGGGCUUCCAGGACCGCCCCCACGAGUUCUUCUCCUUUGCUGGUCAGCUCUUCCCUCCUCCUCUGCCCCCGGACUUACGCGGCCGUGAGGUGUGUAUUCUCUCCCUUGCGCUCCCCCUGUCCAUCACGCCGCCCACCAGUGUCACUGCUGGCACUACUAGGGCUCGUGUGCAGGGCGCGCAUGGCCGCACUACUAGGGCUCGUGUGUACUGUCACAUUGUGCUCAUGCCUGUGCUCAUGCCUGUGCUCAUGCCUGUGCUCAUGCCUGUGCUCAUGCCUGUGCUCAUGCCUAGGCCAGCACACCAAGGUACGCCCCUGCACCUCCUCGCUUCUCUUCCGUUCCUUCAACUCUCCCACACGUCUCUUUCCUUCCCCUCCGCAUCUUGCACAUAG